CCCCAUCCCUACCCACCACAAACGAAGAAUCUCUCCUCUGCUCUGCUCUGCUCCUCAAAAUCCGCCGGGAGCCAGGACAAACUCGGUCCUCGAACUCGGUCCAUCCAUGGCGCUGCUGAGCCCGCGGCUGCAGCGGUUCCUCUCGGCCAAGCUCGCCCGCGACCCGGCCUCCAGGUCCCCGGCCAAGGCCGCCGCCAGGCCGAAGAGCCGGUGCUGCUCCGCCAUCGCGAUCGACGCGCCGCCGUCGCUGGCGGAAGUGUCCGGCGUCCGAUGGGGUUACGCGAGCUUGCAGGGGGCCCGGGAGGAGAUGGAGGACGACGUCGUCGUGAGGACCGAGGGCCUGGACGGCUACUCGUUCGCCGCCGUCUUCGAUGGCCACGGAGGUUUCGCUUCAGCCAAGUUCCUCAGGGACGAACUGUUCAAAGAAUGUGUCAUGUCCCUACAAGGUGGUUUGGUCCUGAGUAAACAGGACAUCAACUCCAUCCAAGAGGCACUGCGGGAGGCUUUUGCAAAUGCAGAUGCGAAAUUAGUGAAUUGGCUUGAGACGACACAAGAAGAAGAUGAAUCAGGUUCAACAGCCACUGCUAUAUUCCUUGGGAGUGAUAAGAUCUUCAUUGCACAUGUUGGGGACUCAUGUGUGGUCCUCUCCCGUUCUGGAAAGCCGGAAGUUUUAACAAAUCCCCAUCGACCAUAUGGAAGCAGCAAAGUUUCUCUUAACGAAAUCAGAAGAAUCAGAGAAGCAGGUGGAUGGGUUAGUAAUGGAAGGAUUUGUGGCGACAUCUCCGUCUCUCGAGCUUUUGGUGACAUACGUUACAAGACAAAAAAGAUCGAGAUGCUUCAGAAGGGAGUCAAGGAAGGAAGAUGGUCAGAGAAAUUUAUUUCUCGCAUUCAGUUCAAUGGGGACUUGGUCAUUGCAUCUCCAGACAUAUACCAGGUAGCUCUUGGUUCUGAUGCAGAGUUCAUAGUGCUAGCAUCUGAUGGCUUAUGGGACUACAUGAAUAGCUCAGAUGCCAUUGAAUUUGUCAGAAACCAACUUCGGCAACAUGGAAAUGUUCAGCUGGCAUCUGAAGCACUUGCAGAAGCAGCUCUGGACCGGCGCUCACAAGAUAAUAUCACCAUUGUGAUUGCUGAAUUGGGGCGAACGGACUGGCGCAAUUUACCAGUGCAGCGACCAAAUGUAGUUUUUGAAUUCGGCCAAGCUUUUGCCACUGUUGGUCUCGUGUCUCUUGGAAUUUGGAUGUUUUCCCUGCUGUCUUGAUGAAAUUGGAGCAUGCUCAAUUCCCCAAAUGUAUAUAAGUCGACAUAGAGCUUCGAUUUUUGCUCUUUUCAUGUAAUAUUAUUUUAGAUAACCUCACUUAAACCUGCUAUAUAGCGCAUCUUAGAGUAAUACAAUACAAAAUUCUUCAUGCAA